UUGCUCUGCUUCUUCUUUGCUUUGCGAAAAGAAAUCGACUUGUCUGAUCUGAUGAGUGGGUGCAACCGAUCCUUGCGCUGUUAUGAGAGCUCCAAUGAUUGGUUGGUGGGUUUUCUUGGUUUCGGGGGGCGGCCAUAGGUAGGGCUCUCUCAAUUGUGAGGUUUCUUGCUGUUUCUGGCCGGCCUGCUCAGUCGAUGCUUAGGGCUUCUGGAGCUAGGAGGGAUUGAGAGCCUCGGCUGCUGAUUUUGGUGGAGUCCGUGGUGGUGCUGGAGUUGGGUUUCUUGGGGGGAACUAAAGAAUCAUCCUGAAUCAGCAGACGCUCAUAUCUUUGGUGGUUGUUGCUGAGCUGGUGGAGGAGCUCUGAGGAGUCUUGCGCACGCCUCGGCUACCAAUAAUUGAUCGGACAAGGCAGGUCAAUCUUAAUUUUGAUUUGGUGAACUUCAUAAGUGACAUGCAGUUGCUCCAUGUACCAUCUCCAGUUGCUUCGACAUCCAUACUCAUGCCUUUGCAGUUAUCUUCAUAAGUGAGCAGUCAAAGUUGUGACAUGUCUAAUUAUUAUUCGAGCCCGGGCGAUGACUCGCAAACCAUGUACUCACCAGACACGGGAAAUGCAUCAUAUCCUGUGUCAUCAUCCCUAGGGAACUUGCUCUAUUCAAACAAUGCAUCUUCUGGACCAUACACCGAGUUCAGUGGUAUUAUGCAGUCCCAGCAGAAUUUUAUGGAGCUGGCUGGCCAUCCUUCGGAAAUUCCACAACAUUCAUCUACUUCGCUUACAGAGCAACGCUCCUUUGGUCCUAUUAAAGAUAUGAGAAAUGAGAUGUUAAUGCAUUUCAUGGAUGCUGCUGCUGCACACAGUGGUGGUGGCGAUGUCAUCCACAAUGAUGCUCAUAGCAGUGCGCAGCUAGAGUUUGGCUUGCUGAACAACCACGAUUCGGCAAGUGUUCCAUCAGCACCAGGCCAAGGAUUGUCUCUGAGCCUUAACACACAUAUCCUGGCACCUUCAUACCCAUACUGGUCCCCAAAGCAAGACUUACUGGCAACCCAAUCUUACCAGGGUGAUGACAACAGAAUGAAGAAUAUGCAGUCAGAGGCCUCACAGGCAAUCAGGAAUUCGAAGUAUCUGAAGGCAGCACAAGAAUUACUCGAUGAGAUAGUUAGUGUUUGGAAGAAUAUAAAGCAGAAUGCACAGAAAAACAAGGUUGAACCAGAAAAAGUGGAUGGUAAAGAGGCCGAUGGGGUGUCAAAAAGUGAGGCUUCCAAUCCGCUGGAGUCUACUGCCAAUGCGGAAGCUGAGAUUUCUGCGGCUGAGAAACAAGAGCUCCAGAAUAAGAUGGCUAAACUUUUGGCCAUGUUGGAUGAGGUGGACCGAAAGUACAAGCAUUAUUUCCAUCAAAUGCAAAUGGUAGUCUCAUCUUUUGAUAUGGUUGCUGGGCCUGGAGCUGCCAAACCUUACACUGCAGUUGCCCUUCAGACAAUAUCACGGCAUUUCCGAUGUCUGAAGGAUGCUAUCAACGACCAGGUCAAUGUUAUCCGGAAGAAACUUGGCGAGGAGGAAAAUUCAUCUGGCAAAGAAGGCAAAUUAACUCGCCUCCGUUACAUUGAUCAGCAGUUAAGGCAACAGCGAGCUUUCCAGCAGUAUGGUGUGUUACAGCAAAAUGCUUGGAGGCCACAGAGGGGACUGCCUGAAAACUCAGUUUCAAUUCUCCGUGCUUGGUUGUUUGAACACUUCCUUCACCCGUAUCCAAAAGAUUCAGAAAAGCUAAUGCUAGCUAGGCAAACUGGUUUAACAAGAAGUCAGAUUUCGAACUGGUUCAUAAAUGCCCGUGUCCGCCUCUGGAAGCCGAUGAUCGAAGACAUGUAUAAAGAAGAGACUGGGGAGGCAGAGCUGGAGUCCAACUCCUCCUCUGACAAUAAACCAAGAAGUAAGGACAAAGUGGUAUCUUGUGAAGAAAAGGAAGAUCUGAAAUGCUCCAUGAGUCAGGCUUACCAAACCAGCGAAUCCAAAGCCAACAUUGGGAUGGUGGGUUUCACUGGAGCCCCGGCCAGCUUCCACAAUGAGGCGAACUCCGAUGAUGGCUUCAUGAACCUGCUGUUGAAGGACCAAAGACCGGGUGAGGCAGAUGGCGACCUCCUCCAUGAUGCGACUGCACAUCAUGCCGAUGAGAGCGCCCGGUUCAUGGCCUACCAUUUGGCAGAGCUUGGAGGAUACCGGAACAGCAACGUGUCAUUGACGCUAGGAUUGCAGCACACCGAGAACAGCCUUUCAGCUCCAAACACUCAUCAGCCAGGUUUCACCGCUGUGGAAGAGGACAUGUACAACACCACAGCUCCUCCCAGUAUCACCGCUGCCUCCUCAGACUAUGAGUCGAUGAACCAAUUAGAUCAACGGCAACAAUUUGAACCGCCGCCUCUACUGCAUGAUUUUGUGGCCUAAAUUAAAUGCUCAUCGGUAAAGAUUGGGUGGAGGAGCAUCUGUAAUCUGUAGGGUCAUGUUAAGAUGCCUGAAAAAACAUGGAAAUUAUAGCUGUAGUCACAUUCCGUACAAAAGAGGGGGGUAUAGCAUGAAAUGUAAUAUAAAGUUUUAGGUGGUGGGGGUAAAUGAUCUUGUAAAGAUGAAUGGAAUGCAUUAUACAUUUAUACGUGUAAAAGAUUAUGACUGAAGAAGAACCAUCUUGUAAAAAAAAAUCUGCAACGAA